AUUAAGAAGUUUUUAAUUACAAAAAUGUUUUCUAUCGCAAUAAUAAAUCCUUUGUAGUAAAAGAAACAUGUAUUACUUGUUAGUACUAGGAAAAUUAUUUCAAUUUAAAUAAAAUAAUUGACAGUAUGAAUAUAAAAAUUUAUCAAAGAAAUUAUAAUGUAAUAGAGCUUCUUGUACGUGGCGCCGGUGCAUUAUUAGUGAUUUAUUGGAUUAUGCCAUGGCGAUUUGCUUCCCACUACGAAUACAUACAGCGGAAAGAUAUAAGACACGAACUUAUCGACCAGGUCACCAGUAACAUUUCCAUGCAACGUCUGCCACCAUGUGAAUAUAAUGAUAUUUUAGCAAAUAAUGUAAAUACAUAUCGUACACAAUUUCGUGAGCAUGUUUUGCGUGGAGAGGAGAUACUACCGGGUGGCGAAUAUUUUCCCGAGGACUGUAGCGCACGCUUUAGCACUGCAAUCAUUGUGCCUUACCGAAAACGGGAGGAGCAGUUACAUGCUUUUCUUAUCUAUAUGCACAAUUAUCUGCGACAACAACGCAUACAUUAUCGAAUUUUCUUAGUUGAGCAAUACGACCAUAAACCGUUUAAUCGAGCGAAACUUUUUAACAUUGGGUCAAAUAUUGCUGCAGAAUUUGAGUUUCCCUGCUUAAUUUUGCACGAUGUCGAUUUGCUUCCAAUGAAUCUUGGUCAAAUCUACGCUUGCACACAGAAACCUCGUCAUAUGUGCUCCGCCUUGGACAUUUUUCGAUUCACAUUGCCAUAUAGAGGGCUAUUCGGAGGUGUCGUAGCGAUACGCACCCAACAAUACCGGUUUAUUAACGGUAUGUCGAAUCUAUUCGAAGGUUGGGGAGGAGAGGAUGACGAUUUCUUCAAUAGAUUGAAUUGGCACAAAAUAGAUAUUUGCCGCUUUGAACCAAGUUACAGUACAUAUACGAUGAUGAAACAUAAACCAGAAAAAAGGAAUAAAGACCGUAUUGCACUUUUGAAAAGCGGAUAUAAACGAUUUUUAUCCGAUGGACUUAAUUCAUUGAUAUACAAGGAAAAAGAACGCCGCAUUCAUAGCCUAUUCACACAUAUCCUUGUAGAAACGUGAAUUGAGAUAUUGUCCAGCGAAGGGAUAAUUGAUAAUUUUAAUUUUGUAUAUUCAUCCGUUUAUUCAAGUAUGAAGUUGAAAAAUGGAGUAAGGCUUGUGCUGGUAUUUGACGAAACUAUGUCUUGAAGAUAUUCAUACGCAUAUUUUUUUGUCUUAUAUUGUAAUUGCAUAUAGAGAGUGCGAUUUUCUAGUCUAGAAAUUAACACGUGCCCGUACAAUUAGCAUAAACGCCCUCGCACAGGAACUUGCACAACUUGCGGCUAAAAAUUAAUAAAUAUUAUAAAUAGACUUAUAUCCUAUAGCAAAUAUGUCCAGUGCUUUAAAUUGUUUUAAAUUUAGAGCACAAAAUAAUGCCGAUUUAAGUAGAUAUAAUACUUGACUAGUGACGAUAAUAAAUUAAUGCUAAAAAUAACGAUACGU